CCACCCCUGCUGCAGCACCAUAAAUUUAAGCAAUACGCACACGCGCGCGCGCACGCACGCACAUGCACGCACGCACGCGCGCGGAUUUACAACCCCUCUCCAGCGUCCGUCCGCGCGCACAUCUCAUCGCAUCACAUCACAUCACAUCUGCCCGGAUGUUUACGUAACAACACCGUCGCCUUAGACAGGGGUCAGAAACCAGAGUAGGCACCGCGCUACGACAUUUUAUUUAUUUAUUUAUUUAUUUAUUUAUCCAUUUGCAGUAACAGUCCAUCCCUUUAACCUGGAGACGACCGCGACCUCCGUCACAUUCCUUCAUACGGGAUUUAUUAUUGGUUGUUUAUUCUAAUCGCGCGACCACAUGUAGCACAUCCUUUAUUAUUAUUAUUAUUAUUAUUAUUAUUAUUAUUAUUAUUAUUGACAGAACCCCGGAGCGGUUCUCUCACAGCGCGGACACCGAGUUUCCCCGGUGAUGGAGGACGCGGGUGGAGCGGCUUUGGCGGCACCGUGGCGGUGGCCGAGCCCUCGCGCGAGGAUGCUCUGGAUGUAGAGGACGCAGCGGGCGCUCCUGUGUGUGUGUGUGUGUGCGCGUGUGUGUGUGAAUUAAAAUAUGGGGAAAGAUCAGGAACUCUUGCAGGCGGUGAAGACUGAGGACCUGCUUAUGGUGCAGCGGCUACUGCAGAGACCCAAACACGGCAAAUCUAAGCUCCUGGGUUCGGCCAAGCGGAUCAACGUGAAUUUUCAGGACACAGACGGGUUCUCGGCCCUUCACCAUGCUGCUUUGAAUGGUAAUAUGGAGCUGAUAGCUCUGCUGUUGGACUCACAAGCCGUCGUUGAUAUCAAAGAUCAGAAAGGGAUGCGACCGCUGCACUACGCUGCCUGGCAGGGAAAAUGCGAGCCGAUGAAAAUGCUGCUGAAGGCGGGAUCGUCAGUCAACAGCCAAUCGGAUGAGGGACAGAUUCCGUUGCACCUCUCAUCUCAACAUGGCCAUUACGAUGGAAGCGAGAUGCUGUUGCAGCACCAGUCCAACCCCUGCAUCAGAGAUCACGCUGGAAAAACUCCUCUGGACUUGGCCUGCGAAUUUGGACGUGUCUUGGUGGUGCAACUACUCCUGAGCAGCAAUAUGUGCGCCGCCAUGUUGGAACCGAAGCCGUCGGAUCCCAACGGGAUCAGCCCUCUUCACCUGGCCGCCAAAAACGGACACAUCGACAUCAUCAAGUUGCUAAUCCAAGCUGGCAUAGACAUAAACCGGCAGACGAAAUCUGGCACGGCGCUGCACGAGGCUGCGCUCUGCGGAAAAACCGAUGCCGUUCGCCUUCUUCUAGACAGUGGCAUUAGUGCCAGUGUGAGGAACACGUACUGCCAGACGGCACUGGACAUCGUAAACCAGUUCACCACGACGCAAGCCAGCCGAGAGAUUAAACAGAUGCUUAGAGAUGCCUCUGCAGCUAUGCAAGUGAGGGCACUCAAAGACUACUGCAACAACUAUGACCUGACGAGCCUCAACAUCAAAACAGGCGACAUCAUCACGGUCCUGGAACAGCACUCCGACGGCCGCUGGAAAGGCUGUAUCCACGACAACCGCACAGGAAACGAUCGUGUCGGCUACUUCCCCUCCAACAUGGUGGAGGUCAUCAAGAGGGCAGGACCCUCUACUCAGCAGUAUCUUAAGAUACACAUCCGUCCGCCGGCAAUUGGCUCAGUUGCCAUGGUGAACGGUGACUCCCACAUUCUCUCUCUUCCCCUGACCUCCCUGCCCCCUCCUCCCUCCCUGAUCUCUUCCCAUCAGCCCCUGUUCACCUCAUUCGGGUAUAACACACCCACCUGCAGCUCAUUUGCGUUUGAACCGCCCUCCUCCCGCUCAGUGGGGCCGAAAAGAGAGACAGGUUCCCGAGGUUCUGUGUCCAGCCCCCAUGGCUCCCCGACAUUAAGUGGGCAGCAAAGCAGUUCCAGCGAGGAGAUCUGGGUCCUGAGAAAACCUUUAGCAGGUGCUGGCAGCACAGGGAGUCUGACCAGCGGGCGCUCUUCAGUCAGUGGUCCGGUGGACAACGCCAAUGCUCAUCUCGCAAGCUCCCCCGUGCCCGUCCCAACCACGCCAACACAUUCCACAGGGCUCAACACACAUGGUGUAAACGUACCCGGGCUACAUGCACAGGCCGAGGGGGUGAAGUUGCUGGCCACCGUGCUGUCUCAGUCUGCAAAAGCGAAAGAACAUCUCCUGGAGCAGGACCCCAGUGCAGGUUCUUCACAACUUACCCAGAGUACACCUGGUGGUCCACGUCCAGAAAAGAAAAAAACAUUUGUUGAUCCUUUACUACAGAGAAAAGAUAGUGCUGCAACAGAAAGCAAGAGCUCCGAGGCCGUGGCUGAAUGGCUUACUAGCGCUCAGCUGCAGUUUUACACCGCAAACUUCCUAACAGCUGGAUACGACCUUCAGACCAUCAGUAGGAUGUCACCAGAGGAUCUCGUAGCAAUUGGGGUGACAAAACCUGGGCACAGGAAAAAGAUGCUGUCCGAGAUCGUCAAACUGAGCAUUCCUGACUGGAUACCUAAAGAGAAACCAACCAGCCUAGCUGAGUGGUUGUCCUUGAUUGGACUUAGUCAGUACUAUCAGACUCUUGUUCAGAAUGGCUACGACAACAUGGACUUUGUCAGUGACAUCACCCUGGAGGACUUGCAGGAGAUCGGCAUCACCAAGCUGGGACAUCAGAAGAAGUUAAUGUUAGCCGUUAAGCGUCUGGGAGAGCCUCUGAAAGAGGAGGACACUUACAGCAAGGCGAGGCAGUCAGACGAAAGCACAACUUCAAAACGCCAAGCUGCUCCAGAAUCCACCCCUGCUCCAAGGACGCGCCGAGGAAUGGAAGGGCGUGGCUCUCCACGGCACACCACCCAGGGGCGUGGUAUACAGCGAGCAAAUGCUCCGCCUCCCCUAAAAAAGCCCGGAUCAUGCAAUAGUCCAGCCCAUACACCACCACAUACCCCUACUAAAGUCAAAAGCUCCUCCCCACGCUCGAAUUCUCAAGGCCGCCCAGUCCCGUUGCUCUGCCUUCCCCAAGAAAGCGCAGCUGAGGAAGAUGAGGACGGCACACCUCCUUUACCGAGACGGAAAGACCCACCCUUCCCUGACACAUCCACUAAGUAUGCCACGGUGGGUGGAGGCAACCGUAGUGCAUCCUCCCUGGAUGUAGGAGGAGUAAACCGUAGCCAGUCCUUUGCCACAACACGACCUCGCAGGAAGACGCGCCCCCCAACACCUCCAAAGCGCUCUUGCUCCUCUAUCUCCACGGGAAACCUGCCAAACGAGAGCGGGAUCAACCAAGAUGAGCCUUGUGAUUCGUUUCUAAGUGUGACGUAUCGAGAACGCCGCCGUAGCGACUGUGGUCCUGCUUCUGAAUCAGGGGUUUUAGGAGGAAGUGUUCGAGACAUCGCUGCCAUGCUAGAAAUGUCCACAUUAGGAGGCAGAGCCAAAGGAGCUAGCAGGAAUUACUUACAGGCGAGCCCGGACAUCCUCAGACGAAACCAUGACUCUCUGAGUUCAGACGAAGAGAUCCAGAGUCGCCGUCGCACCAUCAGCGGCCCCUUAACUGACUACGACAUCCCCAUUGCACAGCAAGAGGGCACCGAACGAGGCGAAGUUACCAAAUCUCUGCGAAUUACUGAUGAACCAAUGGAAACACUCCCUGAGAGACCAACCCCAGAGCCCCGCCCCCGCUCCAUGCUCACUCAAGAAGAGUGGUCACGUGUGGAUGCCACGGCAACCUUGAGGAGGCCCCGCACACCUCACGACUCGAGCAGCGAGAGGGUCCAGCUCAACGAGACCAGCACUGUGAGACGACGGCCAAAAGUAAUAGCGCCCACUCAGAGGGAUGAUGCGACAGAUGCUGCUAUUCGUGUAAGACCUGUAUCAGAGGUGGAACAUGUAUAUCGGGAAAGUGAUAUGAGCGAGGAUUUCCGGCGAGCGCUGAAGCCUCCAGUUUCCCCCAAACCAUCUCUGGGCCUCAGGAAGCCUGAGCCUCCCACCCCAACCAGGAGAGUCCCACUUCCAGGACCGGAGAACCAACACAGCACAGUGGAGGGCAAAAGAGUUCCACCGCCUGUGUCUCCAAAGCCAAGCCCUCCUCCUACACUUCCUAAACCAAUCAAAAUUAAGCCCUUACCAACACACACACUUACCCCACCCAGUGACCUAAACACACACCCACAUUCCUCUACCAUUCUCCCCGAGCAAGUGGAUCAUCCUAUACUCAGUCCAUCAACCCCGACCCCCAAACCAGCAGAAUCUCAGACUUUGUCCCCACGACCUUUGACAUCUCCCGCUCAGAGCCCCCAAACCCCCCAAACUCCUUCUACCCCUGGGUGCGGAUCUGCCCCAGUCAAACCCCCGAGAUCUUCCAUGGCAGGGCUGUCAGUGGACAUUCCCAGCCCUUUUGAGGCAGAGCCACGAGAGGUGGAAAAACACAACGAGGAUGACGAGCAAAAGAGACAAAGGAAAGAGAUAGCAGUGAUUAAGGGGCAAGAGAUGGGAACUUCCAGCGAGGUCACAAAGCUGACAGAGGGAUCAGAGCAGGUGCUGAUGAGGCGGAGGAAAGUGGGUGUGGCCAGACAGAUGCAGAUCGAAGGAGACAUCGAAAGCACAACAGAAGAUGGCGUUGUAACUGCAGAUGAAAUUCGACAGAGGGCGCCAAAUGUCAGCAGAAUGGAUGAAGGCAGAAUUCAUGGAGAAGAAGAAAUAAACCAGCUAAGGCUGGACGAGACCAGUGCCUCCUUAGCUGCAGCACUGGAGGUUGUAGAGGAAAGGAUCAUGACUGAAGACAAUUCUGAAACGGAGAAUAAAAGCACUGUCAACAUUCUUGAUGAUAUUGGAAGCAUGUUCGAUGACCUCGCUGACCAGUUGGAUGCCAUGCUGGAUUAAAAAAGAAAAAGAAAAAAAAAGCACAAAAUAAAUCGUAAACAGAAAAGCACAGCAUCGUCUUCAUCUGAGCGCCUGAUCUGUUUAAAGCCACGCUUCAAUGAAUAAACGAAUAAACACUGAUUAGUUGAUCUUAUCAAGGAUUUUUUUUUUUUUUAAAAAGGACCUACUGGAAGGCAGAGAUCUUGGGUUUAAAACGUUAAAUCCAUGAAACAUCGACAUCAACAUCGUUUGGUGAAGGUUUUGGAGCCAGGACGUACGGACUGUUCUCAUGCUGCUUCCAGAGAUAAGCACAAUUAAAUGCUAACAAACUAUUUAAACAUUGUUAAGGUCAAGAAAUGCUAGCAAUGUGUCAGAGUGUGUGUGUGUGUGUGUGUGUGUGUGUGUGUGUGUGUGUGUGUGUGUGUGUGUGUGUGUGUAUUUCUAUGUGUGUACUAUGUUUGGGCUUUCCUUCACUGGCGAUCGACAUUUGUGUAUUCAUUUUUCAAUAAUAAUUGGAAUCACCAUUUUUGUGCUUUAAUGUUGAGUUGGAUACCCAGCUACGACGUUUUCAAAGGGGAACACAGGACAAAAUUUUGGAGGGAAACCCCCCCCGAUUGAUAUGUUAAGGAAUACGCUAAAAGUCGAGGAACAUUGCUAGCUAGCUAUAAGAAAAACAAAAACAAAAGUAGGACAAGCUAUUUAAUGGGUUCCCCUUUGAAUCCAUAUUUAAAGCAAAAAAAAAAAAGCUGAAAUAUUGUGACCCUUAUGUUGUCACCGUAGUUGUUCGUGCGUGUUUGUGUACUUCAUCGACGAAUCCCGAUUUUCAGCCAAUAGAGUGGUGUAAACUAUAAUUUAUCAUUUAUAAAUGCUGCGUGAUGUAGUGUAAAUGUGACAUAUAGAUUACAGCGUAGGAUUUGGUAUGCAACAAGAGCCCCUCCAGUCCCAUUUAAUGUGAACAAGAAUUACGGGCCGUAUUCAGAGUCCAGAAUUCAUGCAGGGAAAGUUACUCCUAUUCAGAGUCGAGUUAUGACUUGCUCUGUGUGCGCCAUUACGAUUAUUCGAAUCCCCUGUGUGUCGUUAAUGCCUUUGAGGUUGCCAGGUUUUUCUUGAGCAGAGACGUUUUUCAAUUGCAUCUAGACCACCACCUUUAAACCUAUAAAAUAAAAAAACCUCUGCACUCUUGUUUCAGCAGCUUAUAGAAUAGCACUUGAUCCAGUGCAUGCUAUUAUUUAGCAUUUUAUUUUUAAAUUGUGCGCCGACAGUUCAUUGUGUGCACAACUUAACGAGAUACUAAAUCGAGCUCAUGAAAUGUGUCCUCAUGCGGGAAACAAUCGCAAACCUGUGUUUUAGGCUCCUCUCCAUGUGCAUAACUCUUGCGUAACUUCCAAGUAGCCUGCGAUUCUCUCUGAACGAGCAAUUUCAACACUCUGAAUACAGCCCUCUGUGUGUUUGGGGUGUGUGUGUUUUCGGGGUUGGGUGUGUGUGUUUAAGAUGCAAAAUGAGAUGAUGUUUUUAUGAUUUUAUGUUUCGCAUAUGCAUUGGCCCAUUGGAGAGAGCUUGCAGUCAAGACAAUAGUGGCCAAAAGAACAUCAUUUAGUGUAUAUGUUAUAUAAUUGCAGAGCAAUAUUUCUAUCAACUCUCCAUGUUGGUAACUUUUAGUUUUAUGACAAUCCUUUAUCAUGUUUGAUUAAUUCUGCUGAAGGUGGACAUUUAGAGAGUUAAACCUUAUAUCCUGUAAAAACAAACAAACAAACAAAAAACUAACAAAAGUCUAUGUAAUUAUUCGAGUUAUUUUGUGUACAUGCUCAACUGGCUAAUGUGUUUGAACCUGGUGAAAUGAUCCUUGGAGAUCCUCUUCCAUGUAAAGCAUAUUGAGAGUAUGUGGAAGUACGAUAAAUAAACUUUAUGAAUAACGGACACAAAGCGCAUUCAUUUAUUUAUUUAUGCAUUCAUGUUAAAUCAGGUCAGAGUCAUGGUGGAAUGCACCCUGGUCGAUAAGAAAUAACAUUUGUUAAUCAAUUGUCUCCACACUAUCACAGUCGCACCAAACAUCUGCAGUCAUUCCUCAGACAUAACAUCCUUCUCUCUUUUAAAAGAUCUCCUUUCCAACCCCUGUGCACAUCGUCAGCACGUCCGAUUAAGGCAGAGCGAUCUGUGAGAGCGGAAAAGGGAGAGAGUGAGAGAACACACAUGAACAGUACGUCUUCUGACGUAACACCCCAUCCAUAAAAGUCAAAUUCAUUUUGAUUACAUUACUCAUCUACUCAGCAUGAGCUCGAGAGAGUGCAUCUGAUAAGAUAUUUUCUGUAGCCAGUAUUCUGUAUUUUCUGUUUUGGUUAUUUCCUAAAUGUCUCAACUAUUCUCAUUUCCCUCUUUGAUUUCAUUCAGUGCAUUAGUGCCUAUGGAAUGGGCAGCUUGCACAUCUGGAAAGGCACCAACAAUGCUGAAAGGUAUAUACAGGUUUUAGAGCAACAUCUGCUUCCGUCCAGAUUCCAUCCCAUCUUUUCAUCUGAAAGACUCCGCCUCUCUAAGAUCCUCUUUUUAUACCCAAUCAUCUCACUGACCUGAUCCCAAUUAACCUCCAGCUGUUUCUUUUUUAGUAACACUUACUUUUCCAGCCGUUUGUUGCCCCGUCCCAACUUUUUUGAGACGUGUUGUGGCCAUCAAAUUCAAAAUUACCUUUUUUUUUUAUUUCUUAAAAUGGUACAUUUGCUCAGUUUAAACAGUUGAUAUAUUUUCUAUGUUCUAUUGUGAAUAAAAUAUGGGUUUAUGAGAUUUGCAAA